AUGGACGGCGCACAGAUCUUCGACCAGUUCAACCUGUACACUCAGGUCUCCAGCAUUCCUGUGGACGUGCAGCAGUGCCUUUUGACCAUCGCUCAAUUCGGAUCGACCCCGGAUGAGGUCAAGCAGUGGUACAUCAGUGUCCGCGAGCACUUCGGAGCUGCUCCGCCUUCUCAGGGAACCUCGCUUGAUGACAUCGUCGAGCCCCAGCUCCUCGAGCAGGUUUCUGUCGACCCGCAGCGACGCGUCCUGGAAUGGUUGUCACCUGUGAGCAGCCAUGACUGGCUUUAUGACACUCCCGCCCACGCACCUACGCAAUUGACUACCAUCCGCGAGGCUGAUGAGAUGCCCAAGCGUAACAAGCGGCGUCUGUCGAUCAUGACUCCAGCCUUUGGGGCCGAAGAACUCAUCGCCUCUAUUCAGGCCCAACCCAAGAAGGCCCGGAUGGGUUCUCUCCCAAAGAGCAAGAGAGGUGCAAAUGGACUUCCACCACGGCCAUUGGAUAUGUCCUUGAUCGCCAAUUGA